AUGAGCGAUGGUCAUGGUAGGGACGACUUGAAGUUCUUGAGCGAUAGAGAAAAUCAGCAGUCAAAGAGUAUAAAAAAGAAUUCUGGAGCUGAAGAAUUUGCCCAGGCCAUUGCCAGAAUUGCAGUGGCCCAGGUUUGCGAGAGUCUAGGGUUUCAGAGCUUUCAACAGUCUGCACUCGAUAGUCUAGCAGAUGUAGGGGUCAGAUACAUCAGAGAAAUAGGAAAAGCAGCAAACUUAUAUGCCAAUUUGGCAAAUAGAAGUGAAUGCAACGCCUUUGAUGUAAUCCAGGGAUUAGAAGAUCUGGGCUUCACUCAGGGCUUUUCAGGUGCUUCGGAUGUUAACCACUCUCUAUCAAUAUCGGGAGUGAUUAAGGAUAUCGUUAGUUAUGUUGGCCAAUCAGAUGAAAUCCGGUUUGCUUAUCUGACCCCCGUUUUCCCAGUAUUGAAAGAAAGGACACUGAACCCUAGUUUUUCCCAGGCAGAGGAAAAUCCACCGGAUGAACAUAUACCAAGUUGGCUGCCAAUUUUUCCUGAUCCUAAGACAUAUACAUAUUUAAGUUCCGGGAGUGAGAUGGACUUGGAGACAGAGGCUGUGGAAAAAAUUCAGCCAGUUGAUGAGAAUCAUAGAAAGGUUCAGAGGCCUGUGCUGAAUUUUCUGCAGAAAUUGGUUCGUAAUGGGUUUGAAUCCAGUGUGGAAGACCAUAGGGAAGCUUCGUGGUCUCAUCGAGCAGAUGAAAGUAAUCCGUUUCUUGCAACCCCUCUGAAAUAUGGCGAGAAGGAAGUAUCUGUGCCCCUUCUUCCAUCUAAAUUUAUAAAUGAUACUGCUGAUUACCAUAAUAGAACUGAAGCUUUUGAGAAUUAUCUUACAUCUUCUGAUCCAACUGCGAGGCCCAAUGCUAUUGUGGGGAGUGGUUCUGGUGAACCUGAGAACAGAGAAGAAGAAGUUCUGGUGAAUGGAAGGCCGGGGAUAAGAUUUAAAUUCGGAAAUAGUAAGAAGUCCUUGAGAAUGAUGACAGACCCCCAAAAUGAGAGCAGUAAAGAAGUUUCUGUUUGGUUUGGUGAUGAAGAUGAGGGAAGCAAAAUGAUGAAAAGGCGAGCAGAUGAAAUUGUUUGGCGAGAUACAGAAAUGGGUCACUUGUAA